AUGAACCAGCUAAUCAUGCAGGGUGGGCGGAGCUUCCAGUGGCCCGGGGGCUCUCCACCUGCAGACGUGCCCGAGUGCGGCUUCAAGAACGACAAACCCGCCUGCCUCGCACGUACGGUGACCAUGCAUCAGAUGAUUGCCAUAGUGAUGCUGUUCGUCUUCGUCAUCAUCGUCAACGUGACGGUCUUCAUCUACAGGAAGUUAAAGCUGGAGAGCGAGCUGGCUGCUCAGCUGUGGAGAGUUUCCUGGGACAACGUCCAGAUGAGCAACCUGGAUAAAGUCCUGAGGAGAGCCUGCAGCAGACUGACCAUGUCUCUGAAAGGAUCCAACUGCGGCUCUCUGAUGACCAUGGAGGGAAACUUCCAGAUUUACACCAAAACCGGAUACUACAAGGGCAACCUGGCAGCCAUCAAGUAUAUCAACAAGAAACGCAUCGAACUGACGAGGAAGGUUCUGUUUGAACUAAAACAUAUGCGAGAUGUUCAGAAUGAGCACCUGACCCGCUUCAUCGGCGCCUGCAUCGACCCACCAAACAUGUGCAUCAUCACAGAGUACUGUCCCAGAGGCAGUCUGCAGGACCUGAUGGAGAGCGAAAGCAUCACUCUCGACUGGAUGUUCAGAUAUUCUCUCAUCACUGAUAUCGUCAAGGGCAUGUUGUUCCUCCACAACAGCGUCAUCGUGUCCCACGGUAACCUGAAGUCGUCUAACUGCGUUGUGGACAGCCGCUUUGUCCUGAAGAUCACGGACUACGGCGUGGAGAGUCUGCGAACCGCAAGCUGCCCUGAGGACUCGCACGCUCACUACGCACGUAAACUGUGGACGGCUCCAGAGCUGCUGAGGACAGAGUCCCCCCCCCCCUGUGGGACUCAGAAAGGAGACGUUUACAGCUUCAGUGUCAUCCUGCAGGAGGUGGCUCUGCUGAGAGGAGUGUUUUACCUUGACACACACACGCUGACCCCUAAAGAGAUUGUCAUGGCGGUGCGGCAUGGCGGUGCCCCCCCCCUGCGUCCUUCGCUCUGCUUCCACAGUCACAGCGAGGAGCUGGGCGUCCUGAUGCAGCGCUGCUGGAGCGAAGAGCCAGGGGAGCGGCCCGACUUCAGCGGCAUCAAGAUCCUGCUGAGGAAGCAGCACAGGUUAUGGAUCAAACAUCCUGGACAACCUGUUGUCCCGAUGGAGCAGUACGCCAACAACCUGGAGGAGCUGGUGGAGGAACGAACGCACGCGUAUCAUGAAGAGAAACGCAAAGCUGAAGCACUGCUGUACCAGAUACUACCACAUUCAGUAGCAGAGCAGUUGAAACGAGGAGAGACGGUUCAGGCCGAAGCUUUCGACUCUGUCACUAUUUACUUCAGUGACAUCAUCGGCUUCACCGCCCUGUCUGCUGAGAGCACGCCACUACAGGUGGUGACCUUGUUAAACGACCUCUACACCUGUUUCGAUGCCAUCAUCGACAACUUUGAUGUUUACAAGGUAAAGACCAUCGGUGAUGCCUACAUGGUGGUGUCCGGCCUGCCGGUGAGGAAUGGGAAGCUCCACGGGCGGGAGGUUGCCCGGAUGUCCCUCGCCCUGCUGGACGCCGUACAGAGUUUCAGCAUACGACACCGAGAAAAUCAACAACUCCUGCUACGCAUUGGCAUACACAGCGGUCCAGUGUGUGCAGGUGUGGUUGGGCUGAAGAUGCCCAGGUACUGUCUGUUUGGAGACACAGUCAACACAGCGUCACGCAUGGAGUCCAACGGAGAGGCUCUGAGGAUCCACGUGUCGGAGGCGACCUGGGAGGUUCUGCAGGAGUUCGGCUGCUUCCAGCUGCAGCUCAGAGGAGAGGUGGAGAUGAAGGGGAAGGGACGCCUGAGGACGUUCUGGCUGCUGGGGGAGGACGGGAUGCCAUGAGGGGGGGGGCGUGGGUCUGCACGGCGAGCUCCAAGAAAGACAAAAUUAUUUUAGUUUUAUGAGUGGAAAUGAAAUCUGAAUGAUACACUUAAACAAUAUGAAUACAGAAUUAACUUUGUGUUCCUAUCGUCUGUUUAUCUGCAAUCCUUCACUGACAUCACAGAACAGGUUGUUGUUGACAUUAUUCACUAUGUCGAUAUAUUUAGUUAAACAUAUUUUCAGUUUAACGUUAUGUUUGUAAAAGUCCUGUGAAAAUCUGCAGCUGUGCAGCAAAACAAAGAGAUGGUCCACAGAAUGCGUAAUUUCCACGCUUCACCUUCGUUAUUUAACCGGCUGUGCAAUGCAUUCUGGGAGCUCCGCUUUUGGCCGCUCCUCAUUUACAAAGAUUUGAGGGCUUAGCUUCUUGCGAUUUGGCGAAAAACUUUUUAAUUUACCAUCAUCGAUCUUAAAUGAAUUCAACUUAUUUGUUUAAAAUGUUUUCAGAAACACAUUUCGAUUAAAUAUUUUCUUAAUAUAACUCCAUGUUGGUCGCUUGUAUAGUGUGAACAUAUAGGUAUAGGUAGCACUCGCUGAAACACCGUUAGCUCAGUUUGGAAAUAACUGAAAGAGAUAGUUCUGAUGUUUUGAAGUGAGAUUGUAUGCACUCAUAUCCGUAGUGAUGAAAGGAGUAACAACUGAUGAGCAGCGUCGUGUUCUGAGAGGUAAAAUUAUGUUUUUGUGAAUGGAGUCUGGUGGCUUUGAAGAGAUAGCUAACAUAGCUCACGGCUUCAGCUCCCAUUAGAAGGGCUGUCUGACAGCAAGGUAAAGAAAAUGUGUAAUACGCCUAUUAGAUUAAAAACAACAUAUAAACAUAUUAUGAUCAACAAAUAUAAAACCGAGGUAUGAGCACUAGUGUGUAUAUACAUUUUUGUUUUGGAUUAUUUUGGAGUAUAUCAUACAUUAUACAUUAUACACUGUGUAUAAUGAACCCCCAGGAACUUAAAGGUGGGGACCCUCUCCACUCUCUUGAGUUGAGUUGUAUAAGUUGAAACAAAAAGGUGAAAAUCAUCUAAAUGUGGCGCUUUCUUUAUGUGGCUAAAUACUUUUGCUGCCGCUCCGAUCCACAGCAGUACUAAAUAUAUAUAGACUAUAUUAAAUAUAUACCCCCCCCACACACACACAGGGUUAGACUACGUUACUGUGGGACUUCAGACACGCAGAAACCCUCAGCUCACCUGGGAAACAACAUUCCGAAGUUAAAACAUACUUUGACCAGAAUUUAAAUGUUGGGAUUUAAGAUUAGGUUCUCAAACAACUUUUCCCCGGAGAGGCACGACACCUGCUCGUCCUUCAAGUCAAAGGUCACGUCAGCUGUUA